UAAACGGCCAAAUCACUGUAGAGAGCUAAUUAUUUGGACUCACCGCCUCCCGUACCCCGUUCUCUCUCUCUCUCUCUCUCUCUCUCUCACUUGAUUUCUGUUCUCAAGUCUCUCGACCAUGUUAUUUUCUCGGAUUUCUAGGAUUCCGAGAACAGCCAUUAACGGGCGUCGCUGGUUUCUCUCUCUGUGGCCAGAACACCAUCCCCAAUUCCGUCGCUCCGAGAAUCCUUGCUUUCCUAAUGGUUCUUCCUUUAAGGUCUUGGCCGGUAGUGAAAAAUCUUACUGGGGUUUUCCAGCCUUGCAUGGUUUUAGACAUAAAAUCCACCAUCAGAGCAGCUCCAUAGUUGAGGAACAACAAGACCCCUUUUCACUUGUUGCUGAUGAGUUAUCACUUCUUGCUAACAGAUUGCGGUUGAUGGUAGUUGCUGAGGUCCCCAAGCUUGCAUCGGCUGCUGAAUACUUCUUCAAAAUGGGGGUAGAUGGGAAGAGGUUUCGUCCCACGGUUUUGUUAUUGAUGGCAACAGCUUUGAAUGUUUCUAUACCAGAACCAUAUCCCAGUGGGUACGGAGAUGCUUUGACUGACGAACUACGUGCCAGACAGCAAUGUAUAGCUGAGAUCACAGAGAUGAUUCAUGUGGCAAGCCUUCUACAUGAUGAUGUCUUGGAUGAUGCGGAUACAAGACGUGGCAUUGGUUCACUAAAUUUUGUAAUGGGCAAUAAGUUAGCAGUACUAGCAGGAGAUUUUCUGCUCUCUCGAGCUUGUGUGGCACUCGCCUCAUUGAAAAACACGGAGGUUGUAUCAUUACUGGCAAAAGUUGUGGAGCAUCUUGUGACAGGUGAAACCAUGCAAAUGAGUGCUACAUCUGAACAACGUUGUAGCAUGGAAUAUUAUAUGCAGAAAACAUACUACAAGACAGCAUCCCUAAUUUCCAACAGCUGCAAAGCAAUUGCCCUUCUUGCUGGGCAGACUGCAGAAGUUGCAAUGUUGGCUUAUGAGUAUGGCAGAAAUCUGGGACUAGCAUAUCAAUUGAUAGAUGACGUUCUUGAUUUCACAGGAACAUCAGCUUCCCUUGGAAAGGGUUCUCUAUCUGAUAUCCGUCAUGGAAUCAUAACUGCUCCAAUACUGUUUGCUAUGGAAGAGUUCCCUCAGUUGCGUGCAGUUGUUGAUCAGGGCCUUGACAACCCUGCAAAUGUUGAUCUUGCUCUCGAGUACCUUGGGAAGAGUCGCGGAAUACAGCGAGCUAGAGAGCUUGCCAUGAAGCAUGCCAACCUUGCUGCUGCAGCAAUUCAUUCUCUCCCGGAGAACGAUAAUGAGGAGGUAAGAAAAUCAAGGAGGGCACUCUUGGAUCUCACUCAUAGAGUCAUUACCAGAACCAAGUGACCAGACAAUACUUGCAAUUCACACCAUAAAUAGAGAGACAUUAUACGUGUCUUUCAUUAUUUCUGUAACGUGAGGGGCAAUGCCCCUCGUUUUGAUAUAUAUUCUUUCUAUCAUUGCAAUUUCUUUUUUCAAUAAUUUUUGGAAAAUCACUAUUUUCUUGUAAAUGAAACUCUUAGCUUGGAGAACAAUUACACAGCUGACUAUCUUACAAUGUGGAAUCGAUUGCCAUUGUGUCGA